UGUUGGGCAGCUUUUAUUAAUUUCAGUCUCAAUUUCAGGAACAGAGACUGACCGUUUCUAACCUCAAAGUCAUCGAUCGACUCACUAAAACCGAUCACUGGUAUCUCAUCUUCUUCUACCCUCACUCUCUCUCCUGCUUAACAAUGGAGAGAUUCAUUCUUCUCCCCUUCUCUGUUUUCCUUUUCUGCACCUUUUCCAUAGCCACCAUUAAUGGCGCACCAAAGAAAACUUAUAUCAUCCAAAUGGAUAAAUCAGCUAAGCCGGAGGUGUUCACCGGCGGCCACGGAGACUGGUAUUCGUCCCUCGUGAAAUCUGUAGUGUAUGAGAAACAAGAAACAGGGGAAAGCUCCGGCGAGGAAAGGGUUCUUUACAGCUACCAGACCGCAUUUCACGGCGUCGCUGCUCAGCUGACAGAAGAAGAGUUGCAGAGGCUGGAAACGAAACACGGCGUCUUGGCGGUGUUCCCGGAGACCGUUUACCAGUUACACACCACCAGAAGCUCUCUAUUUCUCGGGCUUAGUAACCGGCUUAGUAACCGGAAAGAUUCCAAGAAUCCAUGGGCAGGGAAGCUGUCGAACAGCAAUGUCGUGGUCGGCGUGCUAGACACCGGGAUUUGGCCCGAAUGCCCGAGCUUCAACGACACCGGAAUGGAAGCCAUUCCAGCUCACUGGAAGGGCGAAUGUGAGAUCGGCCGCGGUUUUAAGAAACAGCACUGUAACAGAAAGGUGGUCGGCGCCAGAGUGUUUUACCAAGGGUAUGAAGCUUCUUCCGGUAAGAUCUCGGAGCAAGGAGAGUACAAGUCGCCGAGAGAUCAGGACGGCCACGGCACUCACACGGCGGCGACGGUUGCAGGGUCGCCGGUUCGUGGGGCGAAUCUGAACGGCUACGCUUAUGGCACCGCCGUAGGGAUGGCCCCCGGCGCGAGAAUUGCGGCUUAUAAAGUCUGCUGGAGCGGAGGGUGUUUCAGCUCCGACAUCCUCUCCGCCGUAGAUCGGGCCGUGGCUGAUGGGGUAAAUGUUCUGUCCAUCUCCUUGGGCGGCGGAGUUUCAUCCUAUGGCCGGGACAGUUUAUCUGCAGCCACUUUUGGAGCCAUGGAGAUGGGGGUUUUCGUCUCGUGUUCUGCCGGGAAUAGCGGUCCCCAGCCGAUUACCCUCACCAAUGUGUCUCCGUGGAUCGCGACGGUCGGAGCCACCACCAUGGACAGAGAUUUUCCGGCAAGGAUUAGGAUUGGGACGGGGAAAACUUAUAUUGGAGCUUCACUCUACAAAGGUCAAGAGAGUCUCUCUGUUGAAAAGCAGUACCCUUUGAUUUACUUGGGAAACAACAAUUCUAGUCCGGCACCAGGCUCCCUCUGCUUGGAGGGCGCAUUAGAUCGCCGUGUCGUGGCCGGGAAAAUAGUGAUCUGUGACCGCGGAGUUAGUCCCCGGGUUCAAAAGGGCCAUGUAGUGAAGAAUGCAGGUGGAAUAGGAAUGAUCCUGUCAAAUACCGCGGCUAACGGGGAGGAGCUAGUGACUGAUAGCCACCUCCUCCCCGCAGCUGGCGUGGGAGAAACCGCAGGCAAAGCAAUCAAGAAGUACGCGUCAUCCACUCGGAACCCAACAGCUACCCUAGAGUUCUUAGGAACCAAAACCGGAGUCAAACCAGCCCCGAUCGUGGCUGCAUUUUCAUCUAGAGGGCCAAACAUCCUAUCACUCGAGAUCCUAAAGCCCGACUUCGUGGCUCCUGGAGUAAACAUCCUUGCUGGCUGGACGGGCGAUCUCGGCCCGUCUAGUCUACCGACCGACACACGAAGAACGAAAUUCAACGUUCUAUCGGGAACGUCGAUGUCUUGUCCACACGUCAGCGGGGUUGCGGCUCUUCUUAAGGCGAAGCACCCGGAGUGGAGCCCAGCGGCAAUUAAAUCGGCACUGAUGACAACAGCUUACAUUCAUGACAAUACCUUCAAGAAUCUCAUUGAUGCUUCUACUGGGAAAGAAUCAACGGCCUAUGAUCAUGGUGCGGGCCAUAUAAACCCGUUGAAGGCCGUUGAUCCCGGGCUAAUCUAUGACAUCACACCUCAGGACUACUUUGAUUUCCUAUGUACUCAAGACCUUGAACCCUCCCAACUUCAUGUUUUUGGAAAAUUCUCCAAUAGAAGCUGCAAACACACAAUCUCAAGACCCGGGGAUUUGAACUAUCCUGCCAUCUCGGUUCUUUUCCCGGAAGACAGCAAUGUUUCGGCCGUGACCUUUCGUAGGACAGUUACCAAUGUGGGGCCUCCCAUCUCAAGUUACCGCUUGGCGGUGUCGGAGUUCAGAGGCGCAACCAUCAAGGUUGAGCCGAAGAGACUCAACUUCACUAAGAAACUGCAGAAACUGUCAUUUAAGAUAACUUUUAUCAGAAAAGUGCCUCAAACAGGUCCUGAAUUUGGAAGUAUGGUAUGGAAAGAUGGAAGCCAUAAGGUUAGAAGCCCUAUCAUAGUCACAUGGCUAACACCUCUAUGAUUGAAUGCCCAAGUGUUCAGCCUGAAUGAAUGAUCAAAAGCCCAAAAUAAGGAUUCUGUAUUGACUAUGAUUAUUAGCUUCUAUAGUGUUUUCCCAUAUUGUUUUUCUUCAAGUUCUGCUACAAGUUUUUCAUUAUUAGCUACAGAGGUCUAUAUUUAAAUAAGUUAGAAACAUCAAUAAUAACUUUUGCAAUAUUCCUCAAUUAGAACCAAUUAGUACCAAAUGACAAGGAAGGAAAUAUAGGGGAACUUUGUAAAGAAAAUAAUUGAUUUAUGAUAUACCCGAGUAUGUCAAAA